GCGAGGGCGCCGGCGGGGCCUGGCUGAGGUCGGUCUUAUUUGGAGAUCGAUGCUUGCCUGCUUGGUGAUUGCUAAUUGUCACUGAGGGUUUUAUGAAAAUGGAAAAUUAUGAGGCAUUUGUAGGCUUUGAUCUCUGUAAGACACCACUCUCCAGCGUUGCUCAGAAGAUUAUGUCUGCUAUGCGUUCAGAUGAUGUAGUGGAUUCUAAGAACUGGGGAGAGAGUACAGAGACUGCAGAAGUGAUAAAGAAAUCCAGUGCUAAGUAUUCGGUACUAUUCCAAGAUGGAAAGAAUCAAUCACUGGAAAAAAAGAAUCUUAAAUCUUUAACAAGCCAGACAUCAAGAGGCUUCCUUCAGCUCUUGCCUCAGUCCUCUAGACUCACACUCACAGACCAGCUGUCUCCUGACCAAAAACAGAGGAGCGUCGACUCACUGGCUCUUUCCAGUUGUUUAAUUCCACAGUGUAAUCAAGAAGCUUCAGUUUCACAGAAAGUGGAGAGUGAAAGAAGGCAUUUCCUAAAGAAAAAUAUAGAUAAUGAAAAUAAGGAAUGCACAAAUCUUAAAAGAAAACAUCUUACGUGUAAUAAUUCAUCAGAGAAAACAAGUAAACAUAUGGCAUUGGAAGAAGAUGCUGAUGAGAUUGAAGCCUACCUAAAUUCUGGGAAUUCAAAAGAUUUUAAAAAACAUUUUUGUGACGUUAGGUAUUUGGAUGAUUUGGCAAAAAGCCAGCUGAUUGAAAUGCUCAAACAGGCAGCAACCCUAGUCGUAACUCUGAUGUAUAAGGAUGGUUCAACCCAGCUAAGAGCUGACCAGGCUCGAAUUUCCCCUGUUAAAGGAAUUGUGAUGUUAAUAAAGAGCCAAGUAGAAGGUGGCAGUGGUCAUCUGGGUGCCCCGGGCUGUGGUGGUGUUCUGGAGGACGGCUUCAUGUUUGAUGAUCAGUGUAUCUACAUACAAACAGAGCACUCUUCUAUUUGGGGCCAAGAACAAGAGGCACAUAAUCAAUUUGCCAAGAAUGUGCUAUUUCAGACACUGAAAUGUAAAUGUCCUGUUAUUUGUUUUAAUGCUAAGGAUUUUGUGAGAACAGUGCUGCAGUUUUUUGGUAAUGAUGGCAGUUGGAAGCAUGUUGCUGAUUUUGUAGGGCUAGAUGCCAGAAUUGCUGCAUGGCUUAUAGAUCCUAGUGAUGCUGAACCCUCUUUUGAAGAUUUAGUGGCAAAAUACUUAGAAAAAUCCAUAACAGUUAAUGUGAGGAGCACUUAUGGAAAUUCCUCAAGAAAUCUUGUGAAUCAGAAUGUAUGUGGGAAUCUGAGGAUACUCUAUAGACUUACGAUGGACCUUUGUUCUAAACUGAAGGUUUAUGGUUUAUGGCAACUAUUUUGUAUUCUGGAGCUUCCUCUGAUACCAGUUUUGGCAGUGAUGGAAAGCUACCACAUUCGGGUGGACAAAGAAAAACUGGAGAGGACAUCCGCCCUUCUUGCGGCUCAUCUCAAGGAAUUGGAGCAAGAAGCCCAUUUUGUUGCAGGAGAACAAUUUCUUAUAAUGAGUAAUAAUCAGCUUCGAGAGAUCCUCUUUGGCAAGUUGAAGCUGCACCUGCUGAGUCAAAAGAAGAGUCUUCCCAGAACGGGGCUGCGGGAACACCUGUCCAUGUCAGAAGCCAUGUUAACUGCUCUGCAAGACCUUCAUCCAUUACCCAAGAUAAUUUUGGAAUACAGGCAGGUUCGUAAGAUCAAGUCAACCUUUGUAGAUGGAUUACUAGCUUGCAUGAAAAAGGGCUUCAUUUCCUCUACCUGGAAUCAAACUGGAACUGUGACUGGAAGACUUUCAGCCAAGCAUCCUAAUAUCCAAGGUAUCUCCAAGCACCCGAUUCAGAUUACUAAACCUAAAAAUUUUAAAGGUAAAGACGACGCGAUUCUCACGAUCUCCCCGAGGGCCAUGUUUGUUUCAUCUGAAGGCCACACCUUCCUGGCAGCAGACUUUUCACAGAUUGAAUUGCGCAUUCUUGCACAUUUAUCUGAGGAUCCAGAACUUUUGAAGUUAUUCCAAGAAUCUGAAAGAGAUGAUGUAUUUUCUACCCUGACUUCGCAGUGGAAGGACAUUCCCGUGGGACAUGUGACACAUGCAGACAGAGAGCAGACCAAGAAGGUGGUGUACUCGGUGGUCUACGGAGCAGGGAAGGAGCGGCUUGCUGCUUGCCUUGGAGUUGCUGUUGAGGAAGCUGCCCAGUUUUUGGAGAGUUUUCUGCAGAAGUAUAAGAAAAUCAAGGACUUCUCCAGAGCAGCUAUUGCCCAAUGUCAGCAGACAGGCUCUGUGACAUCUAUCAUGGGCAGAAGGAGACCUCUGCCAAAGAUCCGGGCACAGGACCAGCAGCUCCGGGCCCAAGCAGAGCGGCAGGCGGUGAACUUCGUGGUGCAAGGCUCGGCCGCUGACCUCUGCAAGCUCGCCAUGGUCCGCAUCUUUGCUGCAGUGGCCUCUUCCCCCACCUCGACAGCCAGGUUGGUUGCCCAAAUUCAUGAUGAGCUGCUGUUUGAGGUAGAAGACUCACAGAUCACAGAGUUUGCAGCUCUUGUCAGGGGCACCAUGGAGUCCUUGCAGCAGGUGCAGACUUUGGAGCUGCAGCUGCAGGUGCCCCUAAAGGUGAGCUUGAGUGCCGGCCGCUCGUGGGGACACCUGGCGCCACUGCAGCAGACCCUGGGCCCUCCACUUGGACCAACUCGCACUGAGUCUCCCAGCAACAGCCUGGCCACCUCUGGGCGCCUCUUUGGCACCCACCCUCUGCGUGUGCAUUUUUCGCCUUCAUUUUGUUCGUAG